AGUAUAUAAUCAAUACAAACUAACAGACUACCAGCAUAUGCAAUUCGGACGACCAUUCAGUGAAAAUAAGAAAGAUAUUUGAUUUCACUCUUGUCUUUCGGGAAUAUUGUCAAUCUGUAAAGCAUGGGGAAGUUGAUAUUUUCUACAUUGGUAGGUUCGACGAUUAUGGUUGUUCUGAAAACAACACUGUCAAAUGCAGCUCUCGUUAAUGUUGCCCUUGGAAAACCUGCCAGUCAGACAAGUGUUUAUAAUAAUAAUCAAUUAACAGCCGACAAAGGGAAUGAUGGCGAUGCUGAUGGUAACAUAAAUCACAACCAUUGUUUCCAUACUGCUUACAAUAUAAAUCCCUGGUGGGAAGUCGAUCUUCAGGAUGUAUAUUACAUAAGUCAAGUUAACAUCACCAACAGGAAGGACUCUUCAACUUCCAGAGCACAGAAUGUUGAAAUCUCCGUAGCAAGAGAAAAUCCUGGUAAUUGGAAGAUGUUAGCCUAUAAGGAAGGUCAAAUGGGUCCUUUCGUGUCUUUUACAUUUGUUCCAGUGAAAGCUCGUUACGUCAGAGUAACUUUAAGGAACAUACAAACAUAUUUUCAUUUAUGUGAAGUAGAAGUCUUUGGACAAAGAGUGCCUGCCGAUGAUUGUGAUGUUAAGCCAUGUUUGAACGGCGGCGUGUGUACAAAUGGGAAUAGUAACUACGUAUGUACAUGUGCCCCUGGAUUUUAUGGAAAGAACUGUGAACAAACUUUCGUUAAUCUUGCCCUUGGAAAACCAGCCAGUCAGACAACUGUUUAUUCUUUAAAUAAUCAAUGGAGUGCUAACAAAGGGAAUGAUGGUAAUGCUGAUAGUACAAUAUCUCACAACAGUUGUUUCCAUACUAAUAACAACACAAGUCCCUGGUGGGAAGUCGAUCUUCAGGAUGAAUAUGCCAUAAGUCAAGUUAACAUCACAAACAGUGACACUGGCUCUAAAAGAGCACAAAACGUUGAAAUCUCCGUAGCAAGGGAAAAUCCUGGUAAUUGGAAUAUGGUGGCGUAUAAAGAGGGCGAAUUGGGUCUUUUCAUGUCUUUCAAGUUUGAUCCAGUAAAAGCUCGUUAUGUCAGGAUAACUUUACGGAACAUACAAACAAUGUUUCAUCUGUGUGAAGUGGAGGUUUAUGGAUACAAAUAAUUGAAAUACAAAAAUGACAAAAACGAACGACAGCAAGAAAGGGAGAAGAAAAAAAGAAUGAGAAGAAAACAAAUAUAAAAUGAUAAUUUUCUUGCAAGUCUUAUUUUAAUCGGAUGCUACCUUUUAAUUUAACAAUUAAUUUUAAUUGAAAAUAAAAGUGAAAAGAA